AUGAGCAGUGUCGCAUUGCAGGAUUUGGUUAACUGUGAGAAAACAUUUGGCUCUGGUAAAGAAUUCAACGAAAGCAGGGUACAGAAAAAGCAGUUAAUGCUUGUGAGAAGCGACAACAAAGUUCGUAAUGAGACACUGAUCAGACAGCGAUAUAGCACCAUAGAGGAAGAGCCUGCAGAAGGAAAAAACAACUUGAAAACUGAAUCCAGUUUCACUUUUGAUGACGAAGGAACUGAAAAAGAAUUUGAAUUAUACGAGCCAUAUCAAAGAGAAACCUACUCAUUAAAAAGUAAACACUUUCGCGACGAGACAGUUCCUGGAACUAGUAGUGACUUUAGUUCGCAUGCGUGUGAAACAAAAACUUUGUUUUAUGAAGAACAGAGCUCUAUCUGUGGAAGAUACAACACUUCAGAUAAAAGUAAUUAUCAGGAUGACAGUGACUUCAAGAGCACCGAAGAUUCGAAGAACCAAAAAGAAAGAAAAGUUUUUACUAAAUACGACUUUGACUGUCCUUUAACGACAGUCAGAAACCCGGCAGAUGAUCAGGCGAUGAAGUUUCUAUCUCUUCAGAAAAACUUUUUUAAAGGAGAAAAAGAUUUAGAACGGUACAGCUGGAAAGCAAUACAGACGGCGAACGAAAGUGGUUUUUUGGCAACACUAAUUGAGAAUCUUUCUUAUAAAAUUGUUCAAAACGGGUUCAUAAUGGCAUUCAACACGCUGAAACGAGCGGAUAAAUGCCAACACCCUCUCUCACUACUUUUAGGUAAGGUGUCCCAGGUAAAACAUUUAGAAGAUAAAUGCGGGAUUGAAACUGUUUGUACUGAAGACAGUACGGGUCGUCACACCAUUUUAGAAGAAGGUAAAGAGGACUUUGAAUUUACCGAAGCACAUAUAAAAACAACAGGAUCGAGUAGUGAUCAGAAGAGGGCAACGAUGUUGUCAGGAUAUGAAACCGGAAAAAACUACUCAAGUCCCUGCUUGUUUCAAACUGAUCAAAUAAGAACUAUUAAUUACUGCAAUAAAAGAGCAAGGCGCUUAAGAACCAGAAACUCACGUGGCUUUGAAGAAAUAGCAGGGAAUAUAACAAGCAGUUUGGAGAACCAAAAAUCAAGGUUUCAAAAUUUUUUUGGUAAGGAUGUCAUUCUUUUUACUUCUGGUAUCGUCGGUGUAAGAAAGAUCGAGCAACGGGGAACAAACGGAAUUAAAAUUCAUCAAAGAUUUCAUAACCGCUUUUCCUCAAAAAUAACUGAUAAACCUGAAAGUGCUGGUCGCUUUACGCAGGCUCAAGAUGCAGCUAUAAAGAACUCGCGGGGUAAGAAAGUGAAAUUGAGAAGAAUGUAUAGUACAGUAUGCAGAUAUUCUCAAAGUGGCAGUGGAGGAAGAUCCAUUAGAAAUUUUGUUAAUUCAAUGACAGCGAAUGACGUUUACGAGCCGGGAUCAUACGGUAAUUAUAAAAGAGUCAACUUACGUCGAAGUUUUAGAGCCGUAAAAAAAUCCAAAAUUAGUUUGAAUGAAAGUUGUAAAAACAGGACACAGUUUUUUACCAGGGCAGAGCACGAUUACAUAAGGAAUUUGUUCUACGACACAUAUAAAGACGCUUUAAUAGCAGCGACAUCAGAAGCUAGAAGAACUGCUGGUGGCGAAGGGAGAUCAUAUAAUCAAGGAAAAAAAUGUUCAAGUGCGAUGCAAGGGGGCCAAAGAUUCAAGAGCAAAAACAGUAAUCUAAAUGCAGGGAAAGAAAGGGAAUUAAUGAGGCAUUACAGCGUUGUAAAUGAUAAUACCGAAAAGAGGAGUGAAGUAAAUGUGCUAAAAGCCGCUGGCUCUGCAAGCCAACCUCAACCUAGCGGCGAAAAUGCGAAGAAGUGGAUGAACCGAACACUGGCAAUCCGAAUUUGUAACAAAAACUCGGAAAUAAAAAGAAAGUUGAAUGCUUCAAAAAAAGGAAAAAAAAAAAGAUUUCGAGGCUUAAAGUUUAUAAAUGACAAUGUUAAUAGGCCAAGGUCGAAUCGAAAGAGAAAACUUCCAUUACCGCAAAGGACGAAAAUUGUCGCGCAAAGAAAAGGUGAAGAAAUGACACGAAAGCAGCGCUCCGAGAAUGGUGAAAAAGCUUCCACUCUGAAACAGCAGUCAACCUUGGAUCCAAGAGCAGCCAAGAAAAAAAAUCAAGAAGAAGAAAUGGAACUGAAAAAAGAAUCACUCCAAAGAAGCGAUCUCAAGGACCUAUCAGAACCGGAACGAACCUCGCCUCAUAGCUUUAAUUUUCUUGACAAAAGCAACGUGCAGCAGAAUAACGCACAACAACAUCUUACAUACUGCACAAACGAAAUCCGAGUCAAAUGUACUUGGCAAGCACAGCAGUCACUUGCAUGGUACCCAACAGACACCAUCGCUCAGGAAACAUCACUAAACCACAUUACCCCAUCAUUCAUACCGCUUGUUAAAAAUAGUGCUUCAAAUAAAAGCGUCGACCAAAGUGUGCCAAGAAGCAACAUGAAACAGACUUCAAAAAAUGGGUCCCAUCCAGUCGAAAACAACAGCGUCGCUCAACUUCCAUCCAUAGCCAAAAAAGUCCAGUGCAUCCACAAACCGCAAAAACCAGCCAAGCAGCUCUUAGUUGAGAAGCGUAUGCGUCACACGUCGCAACAACGCAUACACGCAUCAUUCGGAUCCUCUGCUGCUAACAUUAUAAAAACCAAAAUGGCCGCGGCAACCGCAGGUAUUGAACAACCACCGUCACCGACAGAUAUGAAUCAGGAACUAAAGCGUGCAAAAAUUGUUCCGCCCGAGAAAACCACAGCCGAAGACAUUUUAAUAAUUGAAGAACCGCAAGAUGCCAAAAAGUCACAACAGAAAAUUGUGCUGCCCUCGUUUAAGAAGAACAUUCAAAAAACAUCACAAAAUUUUACUAAGUCAUGGAGCACCCCUUCUCUAGCCCUCAAUGUCUCAACUCCACACUCAGUUCCGAUCCAGGGGGUUGAAGGAGAACGGUCGCCAAUAGCCUUGGAUCGCAAAUCAUCAGAUGCCGUUUCUACACUUAGCGACAAAGACGAAAUUGGACAUUUUUUGACAGGCAAAGACCUCGAACGCAUACAAAAAGCACAAAAACUAGUCUCACAGUUCAAAUUCGAAAACAUUUAUCACGACUCAUUAAAGCCACGCAAUCUCCUUCCUACUGAACGCUCUUUGGAGCUCAACACAUCAAGUCACUCCCCAAAUUCAACCCCACGCGCUGUUCAGGAACCGUCUACGACGGGUUCCAAGCAGAAAUUUUUGGACGGUAACGGGUCAACCAUGCCGUCCUCACUGACGACCACUUCAAGCGAACUCUCGACGCCGACCGCAAGUGCUGAUGGAAAAUCAUCUUCAGGAGACUUAGACAAGAACCUCUCAGACGCUUCCUCUGCUUGUGCUAACCAUGACGCAGGUGAAUAUUUUUUGACAGCGGAAGAAAUGGAACACAUUCGGGAGGUGCAGCAGCUAGCUGCAAAGUCUUCAUUUGAAAAGCUCAAUCAGGAAUCAGAGCACCGGCGCGCUAAUCACUCAACCGGCCCGUUUUCAGUACCAGGCGUUUCGAGGCAGCCCUCGACGCCAACCUCAGGCGCUGAUCAGGAACUCUCAUCACCAUGUUUGAACUCAGACGCGCCUUCAUUCCCUGAUGGGGAAAGCGCAGGUGAAUGUUUUUUGACAGCGGAAGAAACGGAACACAUUCGGGAGGUGCAGCAGCUAGCUGCCCAGUCUUCAUUUGAAAAGCUUAAUCAGGAAUCACAGCACCGGCGGGCUAAUCAGCCAACCGAAAUGGAACACAUUCGGGAGGUGCAGCAGCUAGCUGGCCAGUCUUCAUUUGAAAAGCUGAAUGAGAAACUACAGAUGCGGGGCGCUAGUGGGUCAACAGUUCCGUUCUCAGUAGCAAGCAGUUCAAGCCAGCUGUGGACCUCGACCUCAAGUGCUGGUGAAUCGUCCUCGGUAGGCUUGACCGUAAAGCUGUUUGAUAUGUCUUCUGUUUCGGACGAGGAAAGUGAGUGUGAAUAUUUUGUGACAGGUAGAGAACUGGAAGCCAUUCAGAAGUCAGAAGAGAGAAGUGCUGAGUGUUUAUCCGAAAAUGUGAUCCAGGGAUCACAGUGCAGGCCGGGAAGUAGGUCAUUCGUAGCGGGCUCAGUUGCAGGCAUUCCAGACGAACUAUGGAUGCGUACCUCAAGUGCUGAUGGGAAACUGUGCUUGGCAUUCUUGAACAGGAAUCCGCCUGAUGUGCCUGUGCUCUUUUUUGGGGAAUACGGAAAUGAAUACUCUGUAAUACCUGAGGGAUUGGAGCAAGUUCAAAAAGCGGAAGUGCCAGCUGUAGAUUCAUCAAAUGUGGGAGUUGCUCGCAUGUCGUUGAACCAGCGCCGUGAUGAGUCGACUGUGCCGUCUUCAACUUCGUAUCAAUUCUCCCUGCCAUCCGCAGAUGUUGGUCAGAAGGUGUCAACGAUGGGUAUUGAUGAGACGCUCUCAGACACGUUUCUCCCCUUCAGUGAGACAAAUGGAGUUGAAUUUUCUUGGAAAGCGGAGGAAUUGAAGGAGAAUCAAGAGGUCCAGGAUCCUGCUGUGUUGUUUUCCUUUGAGAAGGUUGUAUUGAAUUCAGCACGGAAGCGCAGCAUCCAAUUAAUUAUGCCAUCCUUAGCAUUGUGUGGUUUAAGCCGACCCUCAUUGCCGUACUCACGCAGUGUUGAGGAAGUGCCAGCAUCAGAUUUGCAAGGUAAGAGUGCUAGGGCGUGCGAGGAUGCUCCUGUUGGAUAUGAUGAGAAAGGCGAAAUUUUUGAAAGGGUACGUAGAAUUGCUGUACGAUGCUCGUCUGAAACGCUUGUUCGAAUGACAUCGUGUGGAACUUCUGUCCCGCCAUUAUUCCGAUCCUCGUGGCCAAGUGGUUUAAGUUACUGGUCAGUGCAAAAAACAGUCUGCGGCAAAAAGCCAUCCGAAGUGAAUUUGAAAAAGGGAGUUUCAAGACGACUUUCACUUCUGGAGGAGAAGGACUAUGCUCAAUAUAGAACAGCAAGCGAGCCAUUUAGAGAGCGGCGAAAAUUAGACAAACAAGCUGGGCGACUUCCUUUUAAAAAUGCCACUGAAAAAAAUCCGCGAGAGCGUUUUCUUCCAUUGUUCCACUCUUUCCACAAUCACAGUCCUUCUGCUCAGAUGUCGACGCAAAUUGUAGGCAGUGUUGACAAGCUAUCAGGAGUGGGCUCAAGUCGGAAACUGUGUCGUCGUGUUAUUGCUGGUGAGAAUGAUACAGGUGAAUAUAAGGAACACAAAGAGGUUGGAGGUUCAGAGAAAGUAGUUGGGCAGUAUUUGUUCUUGAAUAUUAGUCAAGAGUCAUUGCAAAACAGCACGAUUAGUCCACAGUCUUCCUUGGUCUACUCGUCAGACCAAUCGCCCGCAGAGAGUUCAGAAGCAGCCAAUGGAGAGACACAUAUUGGCAUGGACAAAGAGUCGACAAGUACUUGUGAUGCUGUCAGCGCAAGUGACACCGUCGAGUUGCAGACCAUCGCUGACAAACUCAAAGAGACUGAAAAAAUUGAAAAAGUGGUGAGAACGCCAUUAUCGGACCUUCCACCUGAGACCUGUUUACAGUAUAAACGAGACAGACAAGGAGUAAUACCAGUGCCCCAAUUUAUCGCGGAAAGUGCAGAAUAUGAGAAUUUCACACUAACUUCGUCACCGAACGGAUUUUCAUCACUGAGUAGCACCGCUGAAGUCGCAUGCCAUGCACGAAUUCGGACAAAAGGCGAUAUAUUACCAGAUGUUGGAAGCACGAGCAAAGAACCACGAAAGCUUUACAAGGCACAGGAAGCAUCUUUAAUGUCAUUCCUCCGAAUGCCUUUCCGGAAGUCAGAGGAGCAUCAAACUACCACACCACCGACACCAUUUAGGACGGAAGACAGCGCAAUUGAAACUUGUGCAACAAUUUUCAAACCAGAAGAAAAGCUAGAAAACAAAGCAAGAGUACCACCGUCAUUCUUUACCGCAACGUUUACCAAAAUCCCCACGUAUAUCGCAAACUACGAAUUAGACAAUACUAUUUUACCUAUACAUAUGAGUCAGAAACUGCCACGACCGGUUAGUGCAAUCAAAAACAUUUCGAUUGCACAAGCAGAUGUUGAAGGCAAUGCAGAAAACUUCUAUGAAGCACAGGACCCAACUGUUGAGGUGCAGUUCGAGACGCCUCACGAAAAUCUGAAAGAGGAAGCAAUAGUUGUAUCAGCGUCACCGUGUAGUAAAGGAUUUAAUAACAGAAAGACCUCCUCGCCAUCCUCAGAAUCGGAUAAAGCCACAUAUUCUACUGGUUUGAGCGAGAGCACAUCAGACCGGUCUCACUUAAUAAGAAAUUUUUCAAGUGGAGAAGCAAGAGAACAGAGCGUAGAAGACCCCAAUAAAGGAACAGAACUACCUAUGCAGUCAUCUCUCGCGAAAGUUCAGGAGGAGCAAGGAGAGGAAGUAACAGUUACUCCGUACCCCUCGUUUACCGUACUACCAAGCAGAAGCGAAACCGCUAUCAGAAGUACAAAAGCGGACGAAAUUAUACCUUAUACAGGCAUAGAAGGAAGUAGGUCACAACCAUCCGGCAAAAGAAAGCGCGCUUACAGUGAGAGAGCAGAACAAACGGAAGACCGCACCGGAAACCUUUCUAAAGCACGACACGUACUCUUGCAUCAGCCGUUCAAGGCAGCCUGUGAGAACCCUGAAGGCAAAACAACGACUGCCCCGCCACCUUUGUCUACGGCAGCAUGCAAGAGAAUUAUAACUUCUACGCCAACCUUACAAGCGGACAAAAAUACAUACUUUAGCAUACUUACCGAGGGCACGUCACAACCACUUGACGAAAUGAGAAGCGUUUCGAGUGCAGAAGCAGGCAAUGUAGAAGAGAAUGUAAAGUACGUUGACAUAGCUUGGAAGGCACCUGGGCAGACGUCCUUCGAGACGACUUGUAAGGAACGAGAGGAGGAUGCUGGAGUAACUCCACCUUCUUUCUUUACGGCAACAUCAACCAGAUCUGAAAGCUACACGUCAACGCUAGGAUCCGACCAAUACAGAUAUUCUACUAGCACAAGCGGCAGCACGCCACAGUUAUUCGAUGAAAAAACAGAUGGUUUGCCUACAGUAACAAAAGAUAUUGAGGAGGGCAUAGAAAACUUAAAUAAAGAACGAAAGCUUCCUGUAGAGUCAUCGCUCGAGAUGACUCGUGAGAAUCAAAAAGAAAAAAAAGCAGUUGCUUUCCUCCCUCCCUUUACUUCAAAUUUUACCAAAACUCUAACUUAUACGCCAAACUCUGGAGAGAACGAUACUACAUAUUCUAGUGGUAUGAGCGAAAAUACGUCACAACCGCUACGGAAGCUACCAGCGCAAUCAUCGUUAGAAGCAACUUACAAGAAUUCGGAAAAAGAAGCAACGGCUUCUCAGCCCAAUUCGUUUAAAGCGAUAUUUACCAGAUCUGGAACUUCCACACCAACUUCAGGACCAGACGAAAUGUCAAAUUCUAGCAGCUUUAGCGAAAGCACGUCACAGCCGCUU